UUAGGGGGUUGCCCACCAGAUGAUGGACCCUGCCUCCAGUCAGUUCCUGAUCAGUGCACGAAUGACAGCCAGUGUCCCUCAUCCUUGAAGUGCUGCUACCGAACCUGCUUCCGCCAAUGUGUUCCUAGGGUCUCAGUAAAGCUGGGCAGAUGCCCUGUGGAUAAACUGCGUUGCCUCAGCCCCACAAAGCACCUAUGUAAC